AUGAAUCUAAUAAGACUGAACAAAGGUAAGUGCAAGGUGCUGCGUUUGGGCCAGGACAGUCCCAGAUUUUACUGGGAUUUAAUCAUGCUCAUCAUGAUGGUUGGAAACCUUGUCAUUAUACCAGUUGGAAUCACAUUCUUCACAGAGCAAACAACAACACCAUGGAUUAUUUUCAAUGUGGCAUCAGAUACUGUUUUUCUAUUGGACUUGAUAAUGAAUUUCAGAACUGGGACUGUUAAUGAAGACAGCUCUGAAAUAAUACUGGACCCUAAAGUCAUUAAGAUGAAUUAUUUAAAAAGCUGGUUUGUGGUUGACUUCAUCUCAUCAAUACCAGUGGAUUAUAUCUUUCUCAUUGUAGAAAAAGGAAUGGACUCAGAGGUUUACAAGACAGCAAGAGCACUUCGUAUCGUGAGAUUUACAAAAAUCCUCAGCCUGUUACGCUUAUUACGCCUUUCAAGACUGAUUAGAUACAUACACCAGUGGGAGGAGAUUUUCCACAUGACAUAUGAUCUGGCCAGUGCUGUGGUGAGAAUCUUUAAUCUAAUUGGAAUGAUGCUGCUGCUUUGCCAUUGGGAUGGUUGUCUUCAGUUUUUAGUACCGUUACUUCAGGAUUUCCCACCAGAUUGCUGGGUGUCCCUAAACGGUAUGGUUAAUGAUUCCUGGGGGAAACAGUACUCAUAUGCGCUCUUCAAAGCCAUGAGCCAUAUGCUGUGCAUUGGUUAUGGAGCCCGUGCCCCUGUCAGCAUGUCAGAUCUCUGGAUAACCAUGUUGAGUAUGAUUGUGGGGGCUACUUGUUAUGCCAUGUUUGUUGGUCAUGCCACUGCCCUCAUUCAAUCUCUGGAUUCUUCACGGCGACAAUAUCAAGAAAAGAGAACAUAUGCUGGUAAGAGCCUAGCUGUCUAUACUGAUGCAGAGCAUCAAGAGUUUCUCAGCCCUCCUUUGGGCAAUAUCAAAAGGCGAACAUGGGCCUCACCCCAUCAAGGAGCCUCACCUGAGGCAGUCUAA